AUGCUGAAUUACAAUAUCUCAGAGCUUCUUAAAAACGACGAAAGGUUUACAGGAAUCGAUUUUCGAUGGGGCCCGAUAUUUCUUUAUUUUUUCUUUGCAUUCAUAAUUAUUUAUACCAUACUACUUCCAUUUUACUUAUUCACCAACAAAGUGAACCACAAAAGAGAUAAUGAGAUGUUCAUCUAUCCCAUUACUGCACACUUUUGCCAAAUGGUGAAAGUAUCAUAUUUGGUAUUUGUGUCUGCAUGCUUCAACUUUAUUCUUGUUGUCAAUAUUAAUUCGUCACAGAUAAACAUAGUGCUCAUUGCAUUAUUGUUCUUUGCCCUAUUCAACGUGCUUUACAUUAUUACUCAAGCAUUCCACGUAUUAAUAUUUGUACUCGCAGUUGAACGAUUUUUUCUUUAUUUCUUCCCAUCAAGCGAAAAAGUAUUUAAAUCGGUGCCAAUCAAAAUCAAGUAUCUGUAUAUUGUGAUAAUUGCGAAAGAUUGCUCAUGUUUCGUAUUCUCAGUUUGGAAACGCAAUGAGGCGGUAUUCGAAAAUCUAAAUUGGAUGAAUUUCUUCUUUUUGAUGACUUGCUGUAUCAAUGACAUUAUUGUAUUUUUCUCGGCAGUUAUAUACAUUCCAAUUUUCCUUAGUGUUCGGAGACUUGUGAAUUUACAGUCAGUUCAACGCUCCAAGCCGCAUAACUACAUUUUCUUGCAGACAAUGGUUGUUUUUACACUCAAAUCUAUCCAUAUCCUGAUAUACAUGGUGACAAGUCAUGGCGGUAACUUCUCUUCUAUGUUAUUUAUUCAUUGGAUUAUAGUGGCAGACUUCAUCACUACUCCGUUGAUUGUCCAAAUGUCAUACCUAUCAUGCAACAAGAGAAACAUGAGCGUUUUAUUCGCUUCACACAGUUUUCGACAUUUUUCAAUGUGUUGUUUCAUUUGAAAAC